UCUUGUAAAUUGUAAUUUGCACCAUGUGAAGCAACCCUCCCGAGCAAAUUCAUCGUCAUCCUCCUCCCUCGUCCUUGCACACUGUAAUUGCCGUAGAUUCGCAAGAGACAUAAUUCUAUUUGUCCAUCUUUCCUCGGUUCAUGGGGAAUUGCCAGGCGGCAGAUACGGCCGCAGUGGUGAUCCAACACCGCGACGGCAGACUAGAGAAGGCCUACUGGUCUCUCCUCGCCACCCAAGUCAUGGCCGACAACCCCGGCCACUACGUCGCUUCCAUCCUCACCUGCACCUCCCGCCCUUCUUCUCCCGCAUCCCACCAUCACCGAGGGAAGCCAGUGGAGUACCUUAAGCUGCUCCGCCCUGACGAAACCCUCGUCGUCGGCCACGUCUACCGCCUUGUCAGCUUCGAAGAGGUGUUGAGGGAGUUCGCAUCGAAGAGACACGUCAGGCUCAGCCGGCUGCUCGACAAACAGGAAGAGAAAGCCAGCUCCAGUACCGUGAAUGACGACGACAGACACAGAGAAAUGGCGGACUCGGAAACUGUCACUGUCCCUGCGAAACGGGAAGAGCAUAAAGCGGAGGCAGAAGUGGACAAGCAAAUGGAGGAAGUGGCUCAAGGCAUGAAGUUUUGCUGCAACACGCCGAGUGGUGGUGCCACACGCCAGGGGCAGUGGAAGCCAGCUCUGGAGAGCAUUGCAGAGGUCGGAGAACAAGCACGAAAAUAAUAAGCAACAGAAAGGGACAAAAAGUAACUAUUGGAUUUCUCCUUAUUUCGUGUAAAGUUUAUGGUGGUGAGAAAUAAGCGUGCCCUUGAGUAGGAUUCAGGGAUCCUUAAUUGUCAGCCGUUUGUAUAAGUUUAUUGGUGUAGUGACCCUUUUGUUUGGAGUAUAUGGGCUGUAACAUCAGGGUUUCUGAUUAGUUGCCAACUAAAUGUGUUUGAGGUUUUCC